AUGAAUCAUAACUUUAAAACAAGUUUAGAUAUUAAUAAUAAAAAUGUAGAUGGUAAUAUAAAUAAAAUAAAUUCUAUAAUAAACCAAAUGAGAUUGGUGGAUGAAAAUUUGAAAAACUUAUUUUCAUUUGAAGAAACACUGAAUGACCAUGAUGCCCUUUUAUUAUUUCGAGGAAGAGUAUCAAAACGAAUUGUAGAUUAUUCAAAUUUAAUUACUGAAUGUGAUAAUAACUUGACAUGUUCAGAAUAUAUUUCUCCAAAUUUGAAAGAGCAAUAUGAAUAUCACUUAAAAAAUGUAGACAAUUAUAAAAGAGAAUUGAGUGUAUGGUGGAAUGAAAGAGCAAAUGAUUAUCAUCGUUUAUGUAUGGAAAAUUUUUUAAAUAGAAAAAUUAGUGAUAUUAAUGUUACUAGUAAUGAUGAUGAUAACAAUAAAAUUACGGAUAUAAAUUUGAAAGACACUAAGAAAUUAAUGAUAGAUGAAAUUAAUAGAAUGAAAAAUGUAAAAUCCGAGUUAAUAGAAUCAUCCCAGAAAUUGAAGAAACAGGAUGAAAUAUUUAACAUUUUUGAAAUGAAGAUAAGGUCUAGUGCUAAGCUUAUAUAUUCCUUAAAAAAAAAAGCUGAAAGUGAUACAAGAUAUGUAUGGUAUUCAUUCUUUUUUUUUGUAAGUAUUUGUGUGUAUAUUACAAUGAGAAGGUUGGGUCUCCUGAGAGCACUAUUUACGCUAAUUAAAUUCAUUGUGUCCAUAUUAUUUUAUGUGAGCAAAUUAUGUUUUAAAAUAUUUCAGCUGUUCAAAAAAACAAACGAGACAAAAUAUACGCCAACCGUAGACAAUUCGAAAAGUUUGGUUCUUGUUCCAAAUAACAACGAAUUAUAA